AUGCCCGACUCUCCACCUGGCUUAUUCAUUACAGGUAUAGGAUCUCAAUACCCAGCAUUCCUACUGGGGCCCGAAAAGCUAGACACCUUUGCCGCUCGAUUCUACGAUGUGGACAAGGCUGGCCUGAAGAAGCUGCUGCAAAUCAACCGCUGCACCGGCAUCGAGACGCGCGCUGCCAUCAAGACGUAUGAGACGGGCUUCGCUGCACAGACUGAGGCGCCCACCAUCUCGGACCUGGAUGCCCUGUUCCGCCAGGCCGGCGUUGACUUGACAGUUCAGGCCUGUCGCAAGGCGUUGCGGGAGUCGCGCGUGCCACUGCGCGACAUCACGCAUACGAUUGGCGUGACAUGCACCAACCAGGGAACCCCAGGUUAUGAUCUUUUGGUCCACCGCAAGCUGGGCCUCGCGCCGACCGUCGACCGCAUGCUGCUGCACGGCGUCGGGUGCGCAGGCGGCCUCUCCAUCAUGCGAGCGGCCGCCCAGAUUGCCAACGGUUCCAGCAUGGUCGGCAAGCCCGCCCGCAUUCUCGCUUUUGCCUGCGAGCUGUGCACGUCCAAUGUUCGCCACGAUCUUGCCGAGGCCCAGAAUUGCCCAGAUCCAGACAACAUGAGCAUCGCCGGAGCGCUCUUCUCCGAUGCCGCCGCCGCCUUUGUUCUAUGCAAUGAGUUUGCUCUGCGCCAGUCGGAGACCAGCCCGAUCUUUGAGCUGCUGACCUGGGGCAAUGCUCUUGUCCCAGAUACGAUGCAGCACAUGGCCUUUUAUGCCGCCGAAGAUGGAUUUCGCACAAUCUUGACUAGGGAUGUGCCUAUUUAUACCAAGCAGGCUAUGAAGCCCAUGUUCGACAGCCUGCUACCGCGUUUGGCCAUGACAGAAGCACUAGCAGCCUCGGACUUUGACUGGGCUCUUCACCCGGGAGGAGAGGCGAUUCUCGAUGGUGCCGCCGAAGCAAUGCAUCUGACUCCGGAUCAGCUGCGCGCUAGUCGAGAAAUUUAUCGCACCCGUGGCAAUUCAUCCAGCCCAACAGUAUUAGCUGUUCUGGAUAAAUUGCGUUCAUAUGGCAAGAAUCGCGACCACGUGGUUGCGACCUCAUUCGGGCCUGGGCUAGCGAUUGAAAUGGCCAUCUUGAAAUGGUGCAAAAAUUGA